AUGGUUCAUGUAACAGCAGCAACUCGUGGGAGAACAUUGCAUACUUUGGGUCUCUAUGAAUCAGGGCUCAACUCUGGUCUUAGCCCCUUCUCAACACCUGCAUCAAGUAGAAAGCUGAGUGUCUACACUCCCACUCCUGGCUCUUCAGAGAACGGCGAGCGUGCUCCUUCUCUCUGUUCUUCAGAAGAUGGCAUACUUACACCUUCCGAGUGCUCUUCUGAAGAUGAUGAUAGCUGCAGGCCUACUGAUCAGCGCGGAGAGCAGAUCAACAGGAAGCUCGAAAAGCUGGCUGCCCAGAAUGAGGAACUCAGCAAGCAGAUCAAGGACAUGAAGAAGCAAAAGAAAGAGGAGAGAAAGGUCAACAAGAGGGCCAAGGCCCAUAUGGCUUUGGUCACUGAGGCAUUGAGACUGGCUACGGCUGUCUUGACGCCGUUACCUGAGGGCUCUUUGGCGAGAUUGGCAGUCAUGAUUGCUGAGACAUACAUGGUCAUCAGGAAGAAGACAGUUGAGUAA